GCAAAAGGAAGCUUUGCAAUAAAGUGGCAAACACACUGUGCACAGAGUCCUAGGCCAUGUCAAACAAAGGUUAAAUAACAACCCCCCGUAUUAAGCAGUUAACCUAGCGGUUUCCAGUGGCAGGAGACUUCUUCUAAGCGAAGUCACUUCUACAGGGACGUCAUCUGAUCUUGAACCAUAGAGUGACCGGUGGUUAAUUUGUUAUAACAUGGCACAACAAUCCCUUGCCCCCUCUGAGCUUGAUUUUGUUGAUGAUUUUUACUUCUCGGCGCUCUUUGAUGAAGAGCAAGAAGGAGGAGGAGGAGAAAUCUUUGAAGUAUCAGAUGCCAAAUAUGCAGAAGAGUUGCAAUUCCAGGAGACUUUAAUGGGUUCUGUCAUCGUUUCUCAAAUGAAAAGCAUUGGGCCAUCACCGAUGAUGAUAGAAGGAAUCCCAGUAGUGCUUCCUAUUUCAGAUCAGCCUAUGCGUGUGGAGAUCAUCGAUUUAGAAGCCGGUGAGUCUUCUUUAAGUUUCUGUGAGAUUUGUGCUGAGAGAAAAGAGAAUGAUCAAAUGUUCAAAACUGAGAGCUGUGUUCACUCAUUUUGCAAUGACUGCAUAAGCAGACAUGUGGCCACUAAGGUCCAAGACAACAUUAGAAUAGUUACUUGCCCUGGAUUGAGCUGCAGGGCUGUCCUUGAAAUGGACACCUGCAGGCCUGUACUGACUAGGGGAGUGAUUGAUCGUUGGGAGAACGCAUUAUGUGAAGAGAUGAUUAAUGCAUCCCAGAGGUUUUACUGUCCAUUCAAGGAUUGUUCAGCUUUGUUGGUUGAUGAUAAUGAAGGAGAAACAAUUAGAGAAUCUGAAUGUCCCUUCUGCCAUAGAUUGUUCUGUGCUCAGUGUUCUGUGCCUUGGCAUCCCGGGGUUGAUUGUGAUGAGUACCAGAGGCUGAAUGAGGACGAGAGAGGGAGAGAAGAUCUCAUGGUGAGGGAACUUGCUAAGGACAAGCAGUGGGGUAGAUGUCCUAAGUGCAAGUUCUAUGUGGAAAGAACAGAAGGUUGUCCUCACAUGGUCUGCAGGUGUAGGUUUGAGUUUUGCUAUGGGUGUGAAGAACAAUGGGGCCCAACUCAUGGAGGAUGCACUAGGAUAUAAGAAGCAGACCAAGCCUCAGAGAAGUGGUAUCACCAUCAACCACGGUGUAAAGAAGAAACUACUAGUAAGUUGUUUUUAGGUAUUCAGCAAGAAGGUGUGUCAAGGAAUGAAGCUACAGUUGCUAUGCUAUUUGCAUCUUGUAAUGGUCUGACUGCAAAAUGUAUUAAGAAAUUUCUAAUGCUCUAGCCUCUGUCGGUCUAUUUCUUCUUCUUUCACUUUGUUCUUGCUGUUUUUUUCUUUUCUUUUCCUUUCAGACAAGUCUCUCCAUCAAUGCUAUCUGCAACUUAAGUAAGAUUUUGAUGACAAAUUUGAUAUAAUUGAGUGCUGUAGCUUUGUUCUCCCU